AUGGGGAAACUGACACUUCCCCAGGAACUUCUGACUUCCAUGAGACCAGAAAAUAGUACUCUGAAAGUCACUGAGUUUAUCAUAUUGGGGUUUGGAGACCUCAAGGAAUUGGGUCCCUUACUCUUCCUGGUGUUUGGCAUUGUCUACUUAGCUACUAUUUCUGGGAAUCUCCUCCUUGUGGUUCUGGUGAGCACUCAGCGGGGACUCCAGACACCAAUGUACUUUUUUCUGGCAAAUCUCUCCUGUCUGGAGGUCUGUUAUACAUCCAAUAUUGUGCCCAGGAUGCUGGUGGACUUGUUGAGAGACAAUAAAGUGAUCUCCAUGGCAGGUUGUAUUAUUCAGCUCUAUUUCUUUGGGGCUCUGGGUAGUACUGAAUGUUACCUUCUGGCAGUGAUGUCAUAUGACCGGUACCUGGCUAUCUGCCGGCCCUUGCACUACCCAACCCUUAUGCAUGGGACCAUAUGUGUGGGGCUCGUAACUGGAUCCUGGCUUAGUGGCUUCACAGUGGCAGCUGCGUUCCAGGCAGCUAUGGUGUCCAGUUUGACUUUCUGUAAUGGCAAUGAGAUCGACCACUUCUUUUGUGACUUGAAACCUCUGCAGAAGCUCUCUUGUUCAGAUCCCUACCUUGUCAACCUGGUCUGCAUGAGUUUAACAGCACUGGUGACUUUGGCCCCCUUUGGACUAACCUUAGCCUCCUACUGGAGGAUUCUUUCCACAGUCUUGCAUAUACCUUCCAUGGCUGGGAGGCAGAAGGCAUUCUCCACUUGUUCUUCUCAUCUAGUGGUGGUGACCUUGUUUUAUGGGACCUUGAUUCUGGUCUAUGCUGUGCCCUUGGCUGGUCGGGUGCCAGUUGUCAACAAAAUCUUCUCCCUGCUUUAUACUGUUGUCACUCCCAUGUGUAACCCUCUCAUUUACAGUCUGAAAAACAAAGAUGUCAAGGAUGCCCUGAGGAAGCUGAGGAUUUGA